GGCAAAGCAUCGUGUUAAAAAACCAGAUGAUAACGAUCGCGGUUCGUUUUUCCACGAAGUUGUCCACGAUCGUGGCUACGUUUCGUUUUUUUUCACCGCUCUCUCUCUCUCUCUCUCUCUCUUUCUUUCUUUCUCGUUUGACUGGCGUAUCGUGGCCAUAAAAUGACAGGAAUUCCCUCGGGGCUGAAAAUGCGCGAUGCAAUCUAAAUCCACGAUCACCGUCAGCCACGAGAACAACGCCGAUGAAUCGAUGGAAGAGUCUGUUUUCGAGCAGAUAUGCGACACGAUAUUCGUUCUGAUACCCGAAGUGCCGCGGCUGAAGCAGCUGUUUCUAAGUUGGAGCCAGCUAGGCACCGAAGACAGAAUACAAUUGGACGCGAAAGUGGCCAACUGGUGCUGUCCUAACAGGCGGCAGCUAUACAAACCACUGCAAGAGGCGUUAAUUCGCUGGGAGACUCUACAAGACACUCAAGGGGCUCCCGGUUGCGAGCCAGGUAUGGUCUCGUUUUCCUGCGACCCACAACUGGAGGAGGAGCUGGUCAGCGUUAUUUACAGCCUGGAGCUUUUGUUCACGAAAAAUCGACGCGGCCGCGAGAUCGACAUGGACUACAGGACCGGCAGAUGCGCGGAAUUAAGGAGAGAGAUGUCGUUGGGUUUGAAUUACGGGGAGGGGAAUCUGCGUUCAAUUCUGAGCCCGAAGGAGAGUACGCCUCACUCUGUGCACAGUUGCAGCUACAUCGCCGAUUUCAGACGAUCCGACGAAGAACUGAGCGGCUACCUGACUGACUAACCAUCGAAAACAAAUUUUCGAUUUUGAGAUUGCGAAUUCUUUUUCGAUUCGCGGAUUAGAUUCAUUGACGAACGAGUGGAUUUCCUUGGUUGGGGAGAGUGGAUGAAAUACAUAACAGAGCAAGGUAGUGUACAAGCAUCAAGAAAUACAGAAAUGAAUAAUUUUGG